GACCAAGUGCUGGGCACGACCACGAUGGUAUACAACUAUGACAAUCAAAGAGACAAUGACUACUGCAGAGAUGUGGGCGACGGGGAGGGCGACUAUGGCAAGGACGAUAAUGGUAUGAUGGGCUUAGGAAUGGAUGAUGACGACGAUGUGAGCGGCUUCGAUGGCUUUACAGAGGAUGUACAGGAUCACAUCAGAGUCGACCGACUGCCUAAGUUUGACCUGGGUUUCGACGACCUAGAUCUGGUGGAACCGCCAAAGACGGUUGGACGGAUAAACAUUGGCUAUGCGCGUACAGCCAAACAGGUGGACGUACGAAUGCUGAAAAAGAAACUCUGGAGCCAAAUCAACACCGACAAGCCCCCCAAUGAUACACCUGAGGCCGAAGGCGGUGAUCAGAACAAAGAGAAUGAGGCCGACAACAACCAGACAGGCCAAGAUAUAAGUUUCAAGAGUGUCUGUCAACAGGUACAAAGCACACUCUCUACCAAUCAGUCGCGAGAUGUGUCUGUGCCCAUCUCAUUCGUGUGCCUGCUCCAUCUGGCGAACGAAAAGGGUCUCUCCAUCGAACAACUGGACCCAGAACUCAUGGGCGAUCUUCAGAUUAGAAGGAUGGCGGCUGCUUUGAACACGUAGUAGCAGUGACCGAUACACUUAGGCAUCUAUACAUAUAAAUGUAUAUAUAUAAAUAUUUAAAUCGAUACAGC